UAAGUGGGGAGGUAGCCAAGUACAAACACCCGCAACAAAAUCUCACCAAGCACAACCGCAACAUGGCGCAACAACUGACGCUUUUCGACCUGCCCAGCAAGGGUCGCAACGCCGCAUGGUCGUAUAACCCAUGGAAGACGCGCCUGGCGCUUAAUUACAAAAACGUCGACUACAAGACCGAAUGGCUUGAAUAUCCAGACGUAGCGCCGACGCUCAAGGCGACGGGCCUGGCGCCCAACCCCGGCGACGACGACACGCCCUACACGAUCCCCGCGGUGCGCUUGCCGUCGGGCGAGGUCAUCAUGGACAGCGCCAAAAUUGCCCCCAAGCUCGAGGAGCUGUACCCGGAGCCGUCGCUGCACCUGGACUCGGGCUAUAGCGAGAAGCUGGCCCAGAUCUUCCCCGAGGCCGUGGGCGCGCUGCGCUUCGUCCUGAUCCCCCGUGUCCCUGGCUCGCUCCUGAACGAGCGCAGCGCCGAGUACUUCUAUCGCACCCGCAAGGAGAACUUUGGUGUUCCUUUGGAUGUGCUCGAGAAGGAGAGGGGUGGGGAGCAGGCGUGGGAGAAGGCGAAGGCACCACUGGAGAAGGUCGCCGCGAUGCUGAAGGAGAAUGACGGACCGUUCUUCUUGGGCGAGCAGGUUUGCUAUGCCGACUUUGUCGUCGUCUCCGUCUUGCAAUUCUGCAAGCGUAUCGGCCAGGAUUUAUAUGAUCGCAUCGUGGCUAUUGACAAGGCUUAUGACGACAUCUACAAGGCUUCUGCCAAGUGGCUUGAGCGUGAUGACCACUAGACGUGCGUAGAAGGGCUCUCGUAGAGAUUGCCAGAUUUGAUAUCUGGGAAGGUGG